AUGGGUCAAUUUGGUUUUGGUCAAGAAAAAACUACAAUAUUAUUAACAAAAGUUUGUGAAUUAUUGAAAAAAACAAACAUCUUAGAAGUACCAACAACUGAACCUAUUAUACAAUUUUUACAACCAAAUGAAUUACAAAAAACUAUUAACAUCACACUUAACGAUCAAUGUUUGAAUGAUGAACAAUUUGAGAAAAUAUUGAGUGACGUCUUAAAAUAUAGUGUUAAGACUGCACAUCCAUAUUUUUUUAAUCAACUCUAUGGUGGUACGGAUUGUUAUGGAUUGGCUGGGGCAUGGAUUACGGAAGCUUUGAACACCAGCCAAUAUACGUAUGAGGUGGCGCCAGUGUUUACUUUAAUUGAACAAACUGUCAUUACGAAAAUAUUGGAGUUGGUUCAUUUUGAAAAUGGUGAUGGAAUUUUUGCUCCGGGUGGAAGUAUUUCGAAUAUGUAUUCCAUAGUUUUAGCACGUUUUAGAGCUUUGCCUAAUGUUAAAACUCAAGGUAUGAAGGGGGUGCAAUUGGUUGCGUUUACAUCUCAAGAUGCACAUUAUUCAAUAGAGAAAGGUGUCCAUUGGCUUGGAAUUGGAACGGAUAAUUUAGUAAAAGUUAAAACAAACGAUUAUGGUCAAAUGAUCCCCGAAGAAUUAGAAAAAGCAAUUAUCCAAUCAAUCCAAAAUGGAAAUAAACCAUUUUACGUGAAUGCAACCGCUGGAACUACAGUUUUGGGUAGUUUUGAUCCAUUUACAGAAAUUGCAAGAAUUUGUACGAAAUAUCAAUUAUGGUUACAUAUUGACGCUUGUUGGGGUGGAAGUUUAUUACUUUCGCGAAAAUAUCAAAAACAAUUAAAAGGAAUUGAGCUUGCGGACAGUGUAUCAUGGAAUCCACAUAAGAUGUUAGGUGCUCCAUUACAAUGUUCCGUAUUUUUGGUGAAGGAAAAAGGAAUUUUACAUCAAUGUAAUUGUGUUGGUGCCAAAUACUUAUUCCAACAGGAUAAAUUCUACGAUGUAUCGUACGAUACGGGUGAUAAGAGUAUUCAAUGUGGGCGUAAGGUUGACGCAUUUAAAUUAUGGUGUAUGUGGAAAGCACGCGGCAAUUUAGGUUUUGAAUCAUUGGUUGAUGUUGCAAUGGAUUGUGCGGAUUAUAUUAAAAGGAAAAUUCAACAAAUUGAUGGUUUUCGUUUAGUACAAAAUGAUUUUGAAUGUACAAAUAUAUGUUUUUGGUAUAUUCCAAAAAUACUACGCCAUCAAAAAGAAACAAAAGAAUGGUGGGAUAUUAUACAUACGGUUGCACCGAAAAUUAAAGAACAAAUGACCCGAAAUGGUUCGUUAAUGGUUGGUUACACGCCACUGUCACAUAAGAAUAAGAAAAAUUUCUUCAGAGUUGUGGUGACCUGUCAACCUUCACCCUGUUAUGACGACAUGGACCAUAUUAUUAAUGAAAUACAAUCUUUAGGUGAAAGGUUAUCGUUAUCGUUAUAAUUUUUUUUUUAUUAAAAUAUUAAGAGAGACCUACAAAAAUUUUUGUAUUAUAAUUAAAUAUGUUUUAUAUUAGAUAAUAAAAAUAAUCGUUUACUUCCUAUCAAACAAAGACAAAUUUAUCUCAUUA